AAGACCGCUGAUGAAUAAACAAUAUGGUGGAUUCCUGGCCGAAGUGUAGAAGACAGCAAUGAGUUCAGUUUAUCUGUCGUAUUAAACCAAACAAACCAUUUCUAUUAAAGUUUGAAGGUGGUCGACUGGCUCUGUGUGCGAUGAAGGUGGUCAACCUGAAGCAGGCGAUCCUGCAGGCGUGGAAAGAACGUUGGAGUGACUACCAGUGGGCCAUCAACAUCAAGAGAAACUGCCCCAAAGGAGUCACAUGGGACUACCUCAAUCUCGCAGAGGCUCUGAUGGAGCAGGCGAUGAUCGGGCCGUCCCCCAACCCUCUGAUCCUGUCGUACCUGAAGUACGCCAUCAGUUCACAGAUGGUGUCUUACUCCAGCGUCCUCACAGCAAUGAGUAAGUUUGAUGACUUCUCCCGUGAGCUGUGUGUGAAGUCUUUGCUGGAGAUCAUGGACAUGUUCUCCCAUCGCCUCAGCUGCCACGGGAAGGCUGAGGAGUGUAUCGGGCUGUGCCGCUCGCUGCUGUGUGUGGUGGUGUGGCUGCUGCAGGGCUGUGCCUUCUACUGCGAGCGGCUCCGGGAACAGCAGGGGGCGCCGGCGAGCCAGGGAGUCCCAGCACCGUCCCCAUCUCCAGGGCCAGGAGCAGGAGCAGGAGCUGGGGAAGCCAGCCUAAAGGCCUGCCAGGAACGUCUGGAGAGCCUCAUUAAGAGCACCAAGAACCGCGCGCUCAUUUACAUCGCCAGGGUGGAGGAGCAAGCGUCAUGGACCAAUGUGGAGCAGGCUUUGGUCAAACUAACAGAGAACCUCGGCAGCCUGACCAAUCACACGCUCAGAACCAAACUGGAGGAGAGUGCGGCACUAGUCAAGAGUAUCCCCCAGAUGUUGUCGGUGCAGUCCGACCCCCCGGUGCUCACGUCCUUCCCCUCGGUCCACGCCUUCGUCAUGCUGGAGGGCACCAUGAACCUCACAGGGGACACACAGCCCCUGGUGGAGCAGCUCAUGAUGAUCAAGAGGAUGCAGCGUAUUCCUGCACCGUUGUUUGUGCUGGAGAUCUGGAAGGCUUGCUUCACCGGCCUCAUCGAGUCUCCAGAGGGCACUGAGGAGCUCAAGUGGACUGCCUUCACCUUCCUCAAGAUUCCUCAAGUCCUGCUGAGGCUGAAGAAAUACCCACAGAGUGACAAGCAGGACUUCAUGGAGGAUGUGAACACGGCCUUUGAGUAUCUGCUGAAGCUCACGCCGCUCCUGGACAAGGCUGACCAGAGAUGCAACUGUGACUGCCUGAGCCUUCUCUUACAGGAGUGCAAUAAGCUGGGCCUGCUAUCAGACUCCAAUACCGCCAACCUCACUGCCAAACGGGAGUUUGCCCCACGUCUCAAAACAGCAGAGAAUGCAAACAUCCAGCCCAACCCAGGACUCAUCCUUAGAGCAGAGCCCACGGUCACCAACAUCCUCAAGACGGUGGAUGCAGACCACUCUAAGUCGCCAGAGGGGCUUCUGGGUGUUUUGGGUCACAUGCUGUCGGGGAAGAGUCUGGACCUUCUACUGGCUGCGGCCGCCGCCACUGGCAAACUCAAGUCCUUCGCCCGCAAGUUCAUCAAGCUGAAUGAGUUCCCCAAGCACAUGAGUGGAGAGGGAUCUAAAUCGGCAUCUGUGCGGGCCCUGUUGUUUGAUAUCUCCUUCCUCAUGCUCUGCCACGUGGUUCAAACAUACGGCUCAGAGUUGAUCCUGUCGGAGCCCAGCCCGUCGGGUGAGGUGCCCUUCUUCGAGACGUGGCUGCAGACGUGCAUGCCGGAGGAGGGCAAGACGCUGAACCCUGACCACCCCUGCUUCAGGCCAGAGUCCGGCAAGGUGGAGAGCCUGGUGGCGCUGCUCAACUCCGCCUCUGAGAUGAAGCUUGUUCAGAUGAAGUGGCAUGAGAUCUGUUUGAACACACCUGGAGCCAUCCUUGAGGUGCUGAACGCCUGGGAGAACGGGGUCCUAUCUGUGGAGAAUGUGCAGAAGAUCACAGAUAACAUUAAGGGGAAGGUGUGCAGUAUGGGCAUCUGUGCAGUGGCCUGGCUAGUGGCCCACGUCAGGAUGCUGGGGCUGGACGAGAGGGAGAAACCCCAGACCAUGAUCCGCCAACUGAUGACCCCUAUGUACGGAGAAAACACACUGCAGUUCUACAACGAACGUGUGGUGAUCAUGACGUCUAUAAUGGAGCACAUGUGCGCUGACGUCUUUCAGCAGACUGCACUGUCACUGCGCCCCCCGGUGGAAGGGCAGGACACCAUCCCCUACCGCAACCUGCUGCCCCCCCGACAGCCCAUCCACGAGGCGCUGCAUAGCCAGUUCAGAGACGUGCUGAACAAGGGCUGGCUGGACAGCAGAGCACUCCACCUCUUCGAGAACCUGCUCAACAUGGGAGGAGUGUUCUGGUUCACCAACAACCUGGUUAAGGAGCUGUUAAAGGAGACGCGUAAGGAGUGGGCACUGCGUGUGGUGGAGCUGCUCUACGCCAUCUUCUGUCUGGACUCGCAGCAGAUCACCCUGACCCUGCUGGGCACCAUCCUGCCCAACCUCCUCACCGACCCUGCCCACUGGCACAGCCUCGCCGACCCGCCUGGCAAAGCCCUCGCCAAGUUGUCUGUGUGGUGUGCCCUCAGCGCCUACUCUUCCCACCACAAAGGCCAAGCCUCCGCUCGCCAGCGCAAGAGACAACGAGAGGACAUUGAGGAUUACAACAGCCUGUUCCCAUUGGACGACACACAGCCCUCUAAACUGAUGCGUUUGUUGAGCUCCAAUGAAGAUGAGCCAGUGAUGCUGUCUAGCCCAGGUGAUCGGACCAUGAGCAGCUCUCUGUCCGCAUCCCAGCUGCAUGCCGUCAACAUGAGAGACCCCCUCAACCGAGUACUGGCCAACCUGUUCCUGCUGAUCUCGUCCAUCCUGGCGUCCAAGACGGCCGGUCCACACACCCAGUUUGUGCAGAGCUUCAUGGAGGAGUGUGUGGAGUGCCUGGAGCAGGGCAGCCGGGGGAGCAUCCUGCAGUUCAUGCCCUUCACCAUGGUGUCUGAGCUGGUGAAGCUGCCUGCCCUGGCGAAGCCCAAAGUGGUCUUGUCCAUCUCUGACCUCACCCUGCCACUCGGCCGGAGAGUAGCCGCCAAAGCCAUCUCUGCACUGUAGGGCGCACGCACGCACGCACGCACACACACACACACACACACACACAGACAGACGGACACGCACACACACACACACAGACGGACACGCACACACGCGCAAACUUGCAAAUAGACGCACCAACACACACACGCAAAUAGAGACACACACGCACAAAUAGACGCACACAUACUGUACACUCCUACACUUCUUGUAAUUACACGUCAGUACAUAGACACACCAGAAAUUUGGCCCAGUAAAAACACAGAUUGCUUCAUAUCCAACCCCCCCUCGAAGCCCCACACACACACACACACACACACACACACGCACAGACACAUUGUCUGGUCUUUGCCUCUGGCUCCACCACACAUUCCCUCCUCCUCAAAAACAAGGAGACAGUCUUUGUCAUCCUCCGACGCAGUGCAGCCAGCAGAAGACUCCGAGAGACAAAGCCUCCCCUUUCAUGCAGUGCCCCAGAGAUGCCCCUCACGCUGACUCAGCGUAUUUCUCGCUCUCCUCACGGAAGGACCAGUGUCCUUUAUCAGCCUCACGCUGACUCAGCAUAUUUCUCGCUCCCAUAACUGCAGGACCAGUGUGCUUUGUCAUGCUGCCAAUCUUCUCUGAACCCCUGUGCCGUUCUGGACGCUCGUGCAGAGUGUGAGUUAGGACCCCGCCUCCCCUGUGCAGUGACCCUAGCAGAUGCCUUUUGCUGUGCAGCACAUUGCUCGUCCACUCUCCCCUGCUCUUCAAUUUUGUUUCAUUCCCCCCACGUUUCCAUGGAGACCUUCUCUGUUCUGAUCCUUGUUUACAGUUUCCACAGUGACUGGAAUGCUGUUGCCAUGUCAACACAAAGCCAACUCCCCCAUUUUCUCGGCUGUUCUUUUAGGAAUGGUGCACAAAGAGCUCUUUUAGUGAGAGGUGCUGAUUGGAACGUCUGUGGACCUCACUGUCAGUGCAGCCACUAAUCCAGGCUGCUGCUGAAGUGUUAUCGUGAUUUGCCAUGUCAUCUCUUGUGUGUCUAGUGUGUGCAUGUGUGUAUUUGAGUUUGCAUAUACUGUAUCUGUGAGUGAGUGAUUGAGUGAAUGUGUGCUUGUGUGUGGAGGGUGCAUGUGUUUUAUGCUUGUGCACGUGUGUGUGUGCAACCUCAACACAUAAUUGUGUUGAGCUGCAGGUGCAUCCUGGUGUCAUCGGGCUCAUGCAGGUGCAGAUGUCAUGGGGUUUGGGCCUGAACUGGGCCACAACUGGGCCGGGUUCCGGUGACACUCCAGCGUCUCAGGUGACACUCCAGCGUGGGAAAGUGAACCUGGACAGGAGGUGCCAUCCAGCGAUUAAAUCUGUGCUUCUUGCGUGGCGUCCAGCGUUCUAAUUUUAGCCUCAGUGGAAAUAGAAACUCGCUGAUGAGCCCACCCCCUACCUCUGCAGUUGUGCAACUCAAACGGUCUGAGCCAUGACACAUGCAACAUUUGCAAAAGUGUGGGAUGUGUUGAGACAGUGGAACACUGCAUGGAAAAACUGAGUGUGUGUUUGUGUGAGUGAGUGAGUGUUUUGGGUUAGAAAUUAUUGGUAUCUUGGCCUGUUGGUGGUUGGUACAGAUUUGCAAUAACAGCUGCGACCUAAAGCAACAAACCACCACUUCUGAUGAGAGAAUGUGAGUGAGAGUGUGUGUGUGUGUGUGUGUGUUUGUGUGUGUGUGUGUGUGUGUGUGUGUAAGUGAGUGAAGUGAGUGAGUGUGUGUGUGUGUGUUGGGACAUAAAGACACAAUGGUGUGUGAGUGUGUGGAUGGUAGUUUUUUUGAGCUUCUUGUCUAUUAAGCGCUUUGAGUGGCCACUGUGCUAGAAAAUUUGCUGUAAACUGACUUUACCUUUCCUUACCUAAUCUAACCUUUUUGUUCAUGACUUCUUGUAGCAUAGCGCAUAUUUCUGUAUGGAAUUGGCCUUUUUAAAUGUAUCAUUUUUUUUUUAAAUAAUAAAUUGUCAUAAUGUA